UUAUUAUUGAAUUCGAAUGUAAUCAAUGGUCCAAUACAUGCCAAUAUUGCUUCCAUAGAUGACCAUGCUGUUUCAGAUGAUGAAAAUAGUGAUUCAACAGAUGAUAAUGAUGUUCCAACACAUGCCAACAUCGCUCCACACAUUUUAGAACGCACUAGUCUGUGGUUAUUGACAACUAUCAUAAAUAAUAUUUUAAAAAGUGAACCGAAUUUAUUGAAUGAAUUUCUAAAACGAGUAAAACCAAAAUUAAUGGGACUUGAUGACGAGCAAGUGGAUCAACCAGAAGUGCCAAACCUCUACCAUCAGUUUGUGCCACAAUUUCAAGAUACUGAUGAUGAUGAUGAUAAAAAUUUAUCGAAUGAUAUUCUCAUCCCUCAUGAACUACAGCGGGUUGUUCCAACUCCGAUGGCACCAGACGUUCGGCCAGCAGUACAAGUGAUUGAUCUUCCACUAUUAGAAAAAAUAAAAAGUUCAUUAGGAAAGUUUGAAUACAACAAUGAUAGUCUACUAUAUAUUUGGAAAACGAUUAUGAUUAUUUCGAGUGAAAAUGCAAUGAAUACGACUCAACAACUUAUCAUUGCAUUGCACAAGCAUGUUACAAGUCAAUUAACUAGUUAUCCAUUAGCUGAAGCCAGUUUUCAACUUCAAACUUUACUUACCGAUUCCCACUCUCCAACUGUACAAAAGUCGAUCGAGAUUUUUAAUGAAUAUCUAAUGCACACACAAACUAAGCCAUUAUUUUAUCGUCUAUUAUUACAUCCAGGCGUAACUGAAGAACAACUCGAAAAUUUUAUGUCACCCAUUCGUCAGUUAGCCCGAGAACUAUCUCAUGUCGAAUUCGUUGUUUUUUUCGACGAAGUUAAUACGGCAUCAUGUCUUGGUCUGUUCAAAGAGAUGUUCAUGGAUCGAACAUUACACGGACACAGUCUACCGGAAAAUAUCUUCUUCACGGCUGCUAUUAAUCCGUCUAUUAAAUUAAGUGACGAUACUGUUGUUCAUCGACAAAAUUAUCUGGUGCAUCAAUUGCCACAAGCAUUGGAAAACUUAAAAGUUUCUUAUGGAGCCUUAGAGCCGGCAUCAUUAAAAGAGUAUAUUGACAAAAAAAUCGCCAAAUUUCGUAUUAAUUCUUUAAAUAAUAGUCAGAAAGUGAUGCCAUUAGAAGAAUAUGCCCGAGAAAUGCUUGCUGAAUCUAUCCUUAAUGCACAGCAUUUCUGUGAAAAAUAUCUCGGACAAAAUUCUGUGUCCCAACGUGAAAUUCAAAGAUGCUUUAAUUUAAUUGAAUUCUUUUGGCAUAUGCGAUUUGAUGAUGAGAUCGAAAAUGACGGUAACUUGUAUCAACCAAAUCCUAUCCGAUGUAUUGCAUUAUCAUUGGCUUUGAUUUAUUAUUUUCGACUACCAACAGAAGAAGAUAAUGCACAACGAAAUGAUAAACAAACGCCAACACGUGAACAACUUGCUAAAUUACUUUCUCAAACUAUACCAGAUUUUGUUGAUGUCAUUCAAAAUGAAUUGGAUAGAUUUGUAAAUAGUGACAAUUUUGUAAUUCCACAUGCUGUUGCUAUCAAUCAGGCUGUUCGCGAACAUAUAUUCGCUAUUGUUGUUAGUAUCGUUACUCGAACACCAUUGUGUAUAAUCGGUGCGCCAGGUCAAUCAAAAACAUUAUCAUUUCAAAUUGUUUUACAAAAUUUGCAAGGUUCACAAUUAUCGAUAAAACCAUUUUGUAAACGUUUACCAGCUAUUGAUCCAUUCUUUUGUCUCGGCUCGAAAUAUAGUCGCUCUGAAGAUAUUGCUUAUAUAUUUGAACGAGCUCUUAAACGUGAGCAACAAUACGAACAAAAUCGCAUGGAUACACGUUGUGUUGUUUUCUUAGACGAAGCGUCAUUACCCGAUGAAAAGAAAAUGGUACUUAAAGUUUUACAUCCCUAUUUAGAUGAAUGUAAAGUUGCAUUUGUGGCUAUUGCAAAUAAAUCAUUUGAUGCUGCUAAUGCAAAUAGAAUGAUUUGUGUUUAUCGUUCAUUGCCAUCUAGAGAUGAUCAAAAUAUUUUAGCUUAUGGUUGUCUUGGUCUAAAAAUGAAAACUAGUGGCCAACAAGCAGUAGACAAUCGUCUUGAAGCAAUAAUCAAUGGUCUUUGUCAAGGAUAUCGUCGUAUAUUAGAUACGCCGAGUGUUCCUCACAUUUAUCAUGAUCGUGAUUUUAUUUAUAUGCUGCGAGAAUUAAGAUUCGAAUUAACAACAACAACAACAGAUGAUCAAGAGACACGCGUCACUGGAAUAACGCCACUAAGUCUUCUACGAGCAUUAGAAGAUAAUUUCAAUGGAGUUAAAAGAGAUGAAUUUGAAAAAUUAGUUGAAAUAUUUUUUCAAGCUGUUCAAGAGCAAUGUCCUGACUUUCGACUACCACCAAAUCGUCGUAAUGUACCGACUAUUCUACGUGAAUCAAUGAAACUUGAUUCACAACAUCGCCGUCUUUAUGGUCGUUAUAAAUUAAUCAUUGAUGAAUCCGAAGAUGAAAGUGCUGUUCGUUUAAUAUCGCAAAAUGGAAUAGUAGAUCUGGAUCCUAAUCGAACAACUGUUUUUCGAAUGUCAGAUUUUGCCGAUGAUAUUCAUAAUGAACUACGUAAUGUUGAAAUAUUAUCAACAAUAAAAUUAUGUAUGGAAACAGGUAAAACAAUAUUGAUGGUCAAUACAGGACGAAUUCAUGGUUCCCUGUAUGAUGUUUUUAAUCAAAAUUUUUCAAUAAUGGCUACUGGAGAUAUGAGAAAGAUCUUUUCAAAAGUCGCCAUAGGUCCUAAAACAAUUGAUGUUGUUGUUCAUGAAGAUUUUCAAUGUAUUGUACAUGUCAAACGAAGUGAAUUCGCGACGAUUCCAGCACCAUUUCUAAGUCGUUUUCAAAAAUAUUCCUUGAGUGUCAACGAUUUCUAUCGAAUUCAAUUCGAACAACUUUCGAUUAAUGAACAGACAAUUAUGAAAAAUGUAGAAGAAAAAUUACAGAUAUUCAUUCAACAUUUUGGACGACAAUAUUUUUAUGGAUUAAAUGAGAAUACAUUAUACUCUUGUUUAUUAUCACUUAUUAAAAAAAAAGAAAAUGAUCAAAGUUAUUUUCUUAAUACUUACCAACAUUAUUCACAAUUAACCAUUAGAUCAAAACAUUUUAUUGAACAAAAUCCAAGUGAUAUUCAAUUGUGUGUGUUACGUUCAGUAAUAUCAAAAUUGAUUCAACUUGUUUCACCCGAAUCAAUUAUUUUGAAAUUACCAACUUUUGAAGAUAAAAUGGCACGAUGGUUAUGCACAAAUUAUUUUCAUCAACAAGAGCAUUUUCAUAUUGAGAAUUUUAUUCAACAAUUAAUAUCAAAUCCAUCUCUGGGCCUUCAAAAUGACGAUUUAUUAACCACAAUGAAUACAAAUGUAAAUACAUUAAAUGAUAUUGGUAUUAUAAGAAAAGUAAUGAUAUUUACACGAACAUCAUCUUAUAUCGUUGGUCUCAAUGAACAAUCGAACUAUGAACUAUUUGGUGGUUUAGAUGAUAAUGAAUAUUGUGACAAAAUUGAAAAUAUUGAUAUACUAAAUUUGGCUGUCAUCGAAAAUUCGAUGGAACUCGAAGAAAAAUUUCAAGUCUUUGAAAAACAUGAAACGAAAAAUGUUUUAAUCGUUAUUAUCAAUGCACGAAUCAUUCAACAACGUUUACACAUUCCAUACGUACGACAAUUAAUUGAUAAAACAGAAUAUUCGUGUAAUGCACUCGAUAGAAAACAAGAUAAAUAUUUUCUUAUGCUGGUACAUUCGCCACCACAAGAACAAUAUCAUCAGUCAUCUUUUCCCUCCAUUUUCUUGCACAGUUGGGACUUUUAUUUCUUCGAUAGUUGUGCACCAGGUAGUGCAUUUCAUCUCCAAAAGAUGUUACAAAUUGUAUCAUCCUCUUUCGAUCAACAACAAGAAUCAUUCGAUAAUGCUUUAUGUGAUUUAAAUAUAUUAUUCGAUGAUUGCUUGUGGGACUUUUGUUCACGAAUUCAAAUAGGUUUACAAGAGUUACCACAAGAUAUGUUUAAGAAUAGAUUCGCUUUUGAAUUCUACAAAUCGCAAACAAGUACAUUACGACGUGUACAAUGUUUAAAACAGAUUCUUCAACAAUCACGACAAUUACAAAAUCACAUUGUAACCAUUUAUCAUGAUCAUUCAUCGAAUAAAAAAGAAUCCUCAAAAAAGAUUUACAAUUCAAUUUAUCAAAUUUCUAAAGAUAUUGUUUGUGGCAAACGAUUCGAUGGUCUAGUCGAAUCUAUUCAAUCGGAAACUCGGAUGUCAUUUACAAACUUUGUUUCAAAUGUAUUUAAAUUUAUCGUUAACGAUUAUGGUUUGGAAACUUUAUCAACAUUAUCAAAUAUGCUAAAUGGAUAUGGUUCAAUGUUAGAAUUAAUCGACUAUUCAUCGUUUGCAAUAGAUGAGAAUCAAGAUAAACUUUCUCCAAUACAACAAGGAAUAUUUCAACUCAUUACACAUUAUACUUGUAUUCCACAAACACCACUCUAUUAUUUAUUUCAUCAACGAAUCAAGACCUGUGCUGAAAAUAUCAAUUUAAAGCAAAUUCUCAAACAAACCAAGCAAAAAGGGAAAGAUGAUGUUCCACGCCAACAUUAUUAUUCCGUUCCACCAAUUACCACAGCUGAUAACAAUUGUGAUGAUGGCGAUGAUGAAAACGAACAAACUGAAUAUACAUUCGAACAAUUUCGAUAUGAAUUAAUGAAAUCAAUUUUAAAUGAUAAAAUUUUAACUGAUAUCAUUAAUGAAAACAUUCUUAAUUCUUAUUCAAAUGAUCUUGUUCGAACAUUUUGCACCAUUGUCGAGAAAAAUUUCGAUGAUAAUUUUAUCCUAUGCCAAAAAACAGUCGAAUUUGUUUCACGUUGGUUAUUACUCGUCGAUGAUAAUGAUCAACAAUCUCUAUCAGAGUGUUCAAAUAGACAUAUUUGGCUUCUCGCUCAUGCUUAUACAUCAUUUGAAUAUGAUCAAAAUGAUCUUUUUUCUCUAUAUUCAGCUUGUCGAAUUAUGGAUAGACUCGAUUCAACCCAAUCAUUUUAUGAUCGUCUAUUGCACGAUAAUCAUAUAACAACACGUUCCGAAGUACGUGAAACAUUAUUUCGAUUUAUGUUUGAUUAUCUAUGGAAAAAUCUUUGUGAAUUUUGUUCAAAAAAUAAUACAAACGAUGAAUGGAUUCAUAUUUAUACAUUUAUUUCGAAAUAUUAUCCAUCAGAUAAAGUUUUACAACGUAUACAACUUAUUGAAAUCAAAGAACAAAUUGAAUUUAUGAAUUUAGCAUAUCUUAUUCUAAUCAAUGAUACAACACCUGAACCGAAAAAUCUUAUAUCUCGUCUAUUGAAUGAUAUACAUCUUGUUCAUAUCAAUAAUAAUAAUAAUAUAUUUAGAAAUCAAAGCAAAUCUGUCUAUCUGAAAUUAUUGGUCACUAUUAUUGAUUAUAUUCAAUCAUAUUUAGAAAAUAGAAAUGCUCAAAAUUCAACAUUAAUGAUCGAUUUACAACAAUGGAUAGUUUCCAUGUUAAAAUCAUCUACAGAAUCAUGUAAAGAAGAAAUUGGAAAUCUUUUUAUAGGCUUAAAUAAAUCAAGUUAUCGUUUAUCAUUACCUAUGAAACAACUUUUAUUCGAUAAAUUAGCUAAUUUAUAUUUAGAAUCUGUACGACAAAAUAGACCAACAACCGAUGCUUGGGAUCGUCUUAUAACACUUUUACCAUUGGUUAUCGAAUGUCUAGAAGAUGAAAAUGUUUUCAAUGGAUACCAAUUGCCUUAUCAUCCAUCGAUUAUAACUGAUGAUAAUAAUCAACGACAACCAUUAAUCGAUUUAUUCUUUUUCUAUCUUCAACGAUAUUUUCACGAUGAAACAAUUAAAUGUAGUUUUGUUAAUAAAAUCAUACGACCAAACUUACCAAAUACAAAAUUUAAAUAUCCAAAAUUAGCGACAGAAAUUUUCAAGAAAUUAAAAGAUUAUUUUCUAGUACGAUUAACUGCUUUACUUCUAUGUCAAACAGAUGUAUCUCCUGAUGAUCAGCGAAUAAUCAGUCGAAUUACAACGGCAAUUAUUACUGAAUAUUUGUUGAUUGAUCGAACAGCGAUUCAACUUACUCAGCAUCUUCAAAUAUUUCUCUCAACUAUUAUAUCAAAACGAUCGUGGAGUUAUCUCUUCAUUUUAUUAAAGUCGGAUCAUAUACAAUGUUUGAAUAGUCAAUGGGCAAAUACUCUUUGUAGUCUAUUAGAAAUGACAAAGACAACAGAAAAUAACAAAUAUAUUCAAUUAUGUCAUAAAAUACAGUUCACGUUAUCGUCAAAUAAUGCAUCCUCUAUAUUUCCUAAAUUGCAUCAAGCAUAUGAACAGUUGAAAGACAUUGUACGUGAAUGUGUCACGGAAAAUGUCGUUGAAGGACGAUGGAAGAAGCUAUCGGAUUGGGUUCAAUUACAACAAAACAUGAAUCCUCCUGUCCUGGAUUUGAAAGAAAUCAAAAUCAUGUUAUUAUUAAAUAUUUAUUAUGAUUAUUAUUGCAGUAACCAGUUGGAGUCUCUUAAUACGCUCAUAGUAUUCAUUGAAAGCACAUUGGAACCAUUACCAGAAGAAUUACAAGUAUUUCGUGUUAUGUUGCAACCUGAACAAUUUAUGAUUGGAUACCCGAGAAGAAAUGGGAAUGUAGAAAAUAAUUUUCUAAACAGUUUAUUUAAAGUUGAUUGUCAAGAUGAAGACGAAUUAUGUAUUCGCCAUUCGCUUGUGAAUCUCAUUGCUAUGAUUCUAAUGGGUGGAAAACAAAGUUUCCUUUGGACAUCUACAUUCAAUCCUUUGAAACUACAGAAUACAUUUGGGUUUGGAUCAACAGCACAUCAAAUCAUUCAAAGUAACGGUGUACAUUAUGAUUGUGGUUGUAUUAUCACACAAAACGGAGAUUUAAUGCAAUUCGAACGAGCACAUGCGAGUGCACUCAAUGUGCCAGCUGUUUAUGUUGCAUAUUUUUCAACAUUUGGUGCUUUAGCUUGGCAUUUAUUAUUAUUUAGUGAAUCUGUUCAAAAUCUUCAUGGUCCUAUAUUAGCACGACAUGCUAUUGCUGAUAACACCGCUGAAGGUCGUCUUGCAGGCAAUAACGAUCGAACGAAAGUGUGUCAUUUUAUUCGUGCUCGAUUAUUGUCGACGUUCAGUUUCUUGUCAGUACGUUCGAAUCAAGAUGAUGCAUGCAUUCUUUUGAAUCGUUGCUUUGAACAAAUGGCUCUGUUAACUAUUAACCAUCAACAAGCAGAAAAUUCUUGGAUUAAACCCGUUUUUAACACGUUAAACGAUGAAUUGAAAGCUGAAGAAGAAUAUCAAAAUCAUGUAUUCUAUUUUGUACAUGGAAAAUUAGCAGAAUAUAAAGCAUACAUUAAUCAUUUGAAUUUACAAUCACAAAUACAAACAAAUUUACAAAAUUUUAUUACACAAAUGCCAAUUACCAUUCAAUUUCUACAUUUUAAAACUGAAUUGCACAAUCCUAUUCAUUCUGCGCUACCACUUAAAAUCUUACGACAUGUUCUUGAUUCUAUGGAUUUUCUUAAGAUUACUAGAUGGAUCUAUGAUCUUAGUCAAUUCUAUAUUCUUCUACAUCAAACAUACACUCAAUUAAUUGAACAAAAUGAAUUUCAUACAAUAACGUUAGAAGAAUUGUAUAAUCGAGGUGAAAAACAUUUCAACCAACCAAAUAAUUUCGAAUAUUAUCAUAGAAACAAUAAUUAUUCAUCAAUUAUUGAUAAAGGAAUUCAAAGUGUCAAUGCCUAUCACAGCUUUACUGAUGGUCUCAUUCGACCGGGUGCUUGUGAUCAAAUGCAACGUUUCACCAUAAUUACACGGGACACACCCAUACACUAUCUAGUUACAACAGCAAAUUAUGAUGAAGGAGAUAUUGUUAUGCGCAUACUCAGUGUUCUAAUCGACUAUCACAAUAGUCUAUUGAAUUCGCUCGAAAAAGAAACGAAUGAAAAUGACAACAAUAUGUUUGGUACGUUAAAAAGUUUAGCUAAUAAAUUAACUUCAAAAGAAGUUUCAAUUCUUCAAAUUAUACAUGAUAAUACUGGCGUAAUUACAUUGACCGACAAUGAUUGCCUAUGGAUCGAACAGUUGUCUUGUGCUACUCUUAUCAAUGACAACGAUGAAUACUUUCAAAAAGCUGAUACACAAAUUAAUUUUAAUUUUGUCUAUCUUCAAUCGUAUAUUAUUCGAACAUAUCUUUUAUUAUGUCGUAUUAAUUAUCGGCAUAUCAUUCAAAAUUAUCGAUGUCAUAUUAAACGAACACAAAUCAGCACCGAUGGCGAACUAUUAGAUCUUGACGAAAAGUAUUCGAUUCAAAUGAAUCGUGAACAAUUAGAAACCGAUUGGAAUCAUUUGAAAGAAAUAUAUUUAGAUAAAUUAUAUCAUGGUCAUAAUCUACUACGACAAAUAGCUAUUUUAUUGAAAAAUAAUCAAGACGAUUUGUCUCAAGUAAAUCUUUAUGAAUUUAUCCAAUCAUUAGGAGACGAUAAUCAGUUGUUCAAACAAACAAAACAAUAUGAAAUUAAAGAUUUUCAAUUAUGUUAUAUUGAUCAUGUUCGACAAUUAUAUGCUAAUUCAAUUAGUGGUUUUCAACAUUUAUUUACUGAUAUAUCUCAAUUGCUUCGAACUUCAAUUGAUUAUCAACUUGAUGAAGAACUCAGUCAAAACUUAACAGCAACAAUAAUUAGCAUUGAUGAUAAUAAAGAUAUUGAGAAAAUAAAAUCAACAAUACAAACAAUAACUGAUCUAUUAACGGAUUUGAGAUCAGUUGAACAUUUUCUACUGCGUCAAUCGAACCAUUCAUUAACAAACACGUGUGAAAUUUUAGAGAUUCAAAAUUCUAUUCUUGAUUUAAUACCACAUGAAAUAAAAUGUGAAAAUUAUGUUGCUGUUAGCAUUCAUUUGAUUCGCAUGCGAACAAUUCUUCAAGAAAGAAUUGUCAAUAUCGAAGAGAAGCAAAGUAAACAAUGGAAUGAAAACUUUGACGUUCAAUCCAAUGACCAACAGCCGGAACAAGAAAAUUGUUUUCUUAAUUUUCUCAAUGAACCAUCAACAUCGGAUACAACACCGAAAAAUAACACUGGAUCAGAUGAUGAUUAUGAUGAUAUAUGGAGAGGAAUUCCGAGUAGUAUACCUAAUGAACUGAUAAAAGAUAAUUUACUUGGCAAACAAGAUUUUCCUCAACAACGUCGAAAUUCAACUAUUCAACAAACAACAAUCGAAGAAUAUUUAGAAUAUUCAUCUCUAUUUGAAUUAAAUCUUAAAUUUGUUCCGUUAACAUUAUCAACUUUAUUCGAUCAAAUUCAUAAACAAUUUGAGCAAGCUCAAACCCAAACUGUGGCCUUGAACAAAGCACAAAAAUUCGUUGUCACAUAUACAGACGGAAAGUCACGCGGAUCUUUGUGGAGGACUGAAAAUUUAUUUGAAAAACUCCGUAAUUUGUUCGAGAAAGAGAAAUUCGAUAUGAAUACAUAUACUGUUAUUGAUAAAAAUGAAAUUUGUGUCGAUUUCACGAAUAUAAAUGCUCGAUUACCGCAUGAAAUAUCUCUCGAAUAUUUUAUUAUUGAAAAAACUCUGUUAUUUUCAAUUCAAUUUAAUUAUCAGAAAAAAUUAUUCGACUAUUCCGCUACGUCUAAAAGUAAUAUAUCUACAAUAAUCGAUCGUUUUAUCCAUGAUAAUGACAUCAAACUCUUAUCAAACAAUAACUACCUCUGUUUCUUCGAUGAGCAUGGGAAAACUAUCGAAAAUGGAACCAUCGCUGAUCUAAUUAAUCAAUCAGAUCAUCCUGACAAGAAAAAAAUUUCGAUAACAGUCAACGAAGAAGAUAAUAAAACGAGCAUGCUGUGCGAAAUCACUAUACGAUCGAAACAAAAUAAUGAACAAAUCAGUUUAUUUGAUCCAAACACGCAAUGGAAACAGAUUGAUCAAUGGUUGAAACAUUUCAAUCAAUUCAUCGAUGCUCCUAUAAACGACUAUGCUUAUCUUCAUAAAGAGCUAAAAACAAUCAUCGAUGAAAAUCAGUCGAUUAGUUUUAUCAUUGGUGAACCAACAAAAUCAAUAAUCAUCGAUGGAGUUAAUCGAGGUGCGACAACUCAAGUGACAUUCUCCUAUGAAACCAAUUGUGUAUCAUUACGUGUACUAAAGUCGAUGAGAAUUUGUUAUAUAUUAAAUAAUGAACGUCUUCUAAGAGAAUUGUGUCUUAUUGAUAUAUCUCCAAAUGAUUGUGUUCUUGUAUUAGGAGAAGUCAACGAAAAAGUUUUAUCACAGAAUGAUAUUCAACAGCCUAUUAGUAAUUAUUUCCUUAGUGAAGAUCAACCAAUUCAUUUUCGAAUAUCAAUCGCUGUUCAAAUAUUGAAAUAUGAUGAUGAACAGCCUAUACAAAUUCUUCUGUCAAAUAGAAGUGCAACUAUGGAACAUGUCUUUCAAUUGGCAAAGGCUUCAAUUGAUAUCUACAAAUAUUUAGCUUCGAAUUAUACAAAGAAGAUCGUCGAUUUUAGUGAAAAACUAUCAAAUUUGAGGGAUACAAAAUUUAUUCUUGUCAAAGAACAUGAAACAUGUCUCGUAGCAAUUGAAAAAUCAAAAAUAAGUCAAUUAAUUGAUGUCGACGAUGAGGCCAACGAAUCUUAUUAUCAACGAUUUACUAUAUUUGCUACGAUCGGCGAUAUUUAUAGAGAAAAUAAAAUAGAUAUCGAUCAUCAACAUCUUCUAUGUUCUGAAGAUUUUGUUCCAUCGAUACAAACCAAGGUACUUUCAUUUUCAUCCGUCUCACCAAUUCGAUUUACGUUGAUUGAUGGAAAUUUACCAGUAACAGUAGUUGUUCUAAAUAAUGAAAAUCAAAAAUCAAUCACUUUUAAUUGCUCAAUGACGAUCACGGUGAAGCGUUUGUCAUUCAUUGCUUGUCAAUUGUUCGGUCUUAACAGCAAUUAUUAUCGAUUGAAACAAUCAGAUUAUGAUCUCGAUGAUGAUACUGUUUCUUUAGAAGAUAUUGAUUCCACGAUGACUCAAAUCGAAUUACAGUUAAUUUCAAUAGCAUCCAUCAACAGUUCGAUCAAAUAUGGCAAUCAAACAAUUGUCUUGCCCUGUUCUUGUGAUACAUCAACAGCAACAAUCAUUGAUGAAACAUUGCAGAAGCUGUAUCUUCCACAAGAAAGUCAUCAUAUGUAUGAAUUAACUGCAUUGGUUGACGAUGGGAUCCCUAUAGAAGAGGUUAUGUCUAUUGAGGAUAUCUAUGCAUUAUUUCCUUCUCGUCCGACAAUGAUACCGUUCGAAUUAACAAAAAAAAUUGACUAG